AUGGCCGGCACCCAACGGCCUGCCUCAGGGCUUCCCACAAGAAGAACGACGGCACGACAGCCAGCUCGGCGGAUGGGCUCUAUAGCCCCGGAGCGACAAGCAUCUCCAGCCAUUUCAACGAAGGCAUCUGCUACGACUAGACUCCGCGCGUUGAAAUCUCCAGGCGAGCCGCCGAGCAUCACUGCGAAACGGAAAGAAAGGGAUAUUGAACGAGAAAUCAACGAAGAUACCAGCAUACAUGUGGUAGUGCGUUGCCGAGGACGAAAUGACCGAGAGGUUAAGGAAAACAGUGGAGUGGUGCUGCUGACUGAAGGUGUCAAGGGGAAAAGCGUGGAGUUGUCAAUGGGUCCAAAUGCGAUUUCUAACAAGACCUACACAUUUGACAAGGUAUUUUCGGCAGCCGCUGAUCAGAUUACCGUGUAUGAAGAUACUGUGGUGCCAAUUCUCAAUGAGAUGCUUGCCGGAUACAAUUGCACAAUUUUCGCGUAUGGACAAACUGGGACUGGAAAAACAUAUACCAUGUCAGGCGAUAUGAAUGAUACAUUGGGGAUUUUGUCCGACAACGCCGGUAUUAUCCCACGGGUUCUAUAUUCCCUGUUCCAUAAACUCGCGGAUACAGAAAGCACCGUCAAGUGCUCCUUCAUCGAAUUGUACAACGAAGAACUUCGGGAUCUCCUGUCAGCUGAAGAAAACCCAAAACUAAAAAUCUAUGAAAAUGAACAAAAAAAGGGCCACAACGGUAGUACUAUGGUACAGGGAAUGGAGGAGACCUACAUCGACUCAGCUACAGCCGGAAUCAAACUGCUACAGGAGGGCAGCCAUAAACGCCAGGUUGCUGCGACAAAAUGCAACGAUCUUAGCUCUCGAAGCCAUACAGUUUUCACGAUCACCGUGCACACCAAACGAACAACAGAAUCAGGCGAGGAAUACGUUCGGCCGGGGAAGUUGAACUUGGUCGACUUGGCCGGCAGUGAGAAUAUCCAGCGCAGCGGCGCCGAAAACAAGCGGGCUACUGAGGCUGGCUUGAUCAAUAAGAGUCUUCUAACCCUCGGGCGGGUGAUUAACGCUCUUGUGGACAAGAGCCCACAUAUUCCGUACCGAGAGUCGAAACUCACUCGUUUGCUCCAAGACUCCCUUGGUGGACAAACAAAGACAUGCAUCAUUGCCACAGUUUCGCCUUCGCGUAGCAACCUAGAGGAAACAAUAUCUACGCUAGAUUAUGCUUUCAGGGCCAAAAAUAUCCGAAACAAACCCCAGGUCAACUCUACCAUGCCUAAGAAGACAUUAUUUCGAGAAUUUACCUCUGAAAUUGAGAAACUCAAGGGGGAACUCAUUGCAACAAGACACCGAAAUGGCGUUUACAUGUCAGUUGAGGCAUAUGAGGAGAUGACAAUGGAACGUGAUUCACGAAGAAUCAUCAACGAGGAGCAACGGGCAAAGAUCGAAUCAAUGGAGUCCAGUCUGCGACACAAAGUGCAGGAAUUGUUCACGCUUACCAGCAACUUCAAUGAUCUCAAGAAUAACAACGAGGAGACACGUGCAGCUUUGAGCGCGACAAAUGACGUCCUUGAGCAAACAGAGAUCGUUUUGCAAAAUACAAAGUCCCAGCUCGAAGAGGAGGAAGUGCUUCGAAAGGCACAUCAGGAAACCGAGCACCAGCUUCGCGAUAUCAGCACAGGGCUAGUAUCAACGAUCGAUCAAACUGUUCAGGACAUAGAUCGCCUACACGCCAAACUAGGCCGUAAAGCUGACUUGGACACUGUGAACACCGAAAUAUGGGAACUGUCGACGGCUGAAGUAUCAAAUAUUACGAGGCAGAUCGAUAGCAGAGUGGAGACUUUCCAGGCUCAGCAUGCGAAACUAAUGGAGUCAAUGUCGAACAAGCUUCAUGAAUUCUUCUCGAGUGAAUUGUCGCAUGUUGAACAAACUCAAGCCAAGCUAUCGGAAAUUAGCACCUCAAUUGAUAAGGCGCAAUGUAACGCAAAGGCUGAGACCUCCGGUGCGCAUGACGAAAUGAAUAACGUCCUCGAAGAGAUCAAGGAUCUCCGGGAGGAUGUGAAGGCUAAAGUGGGGGAGGGACUGAAUGGCCUGUCGUUGGCCGCAGCCCGAAUAUCCGAGGAGGUAAUCGGGGAAUUUGCUGAAUUUCACGCAGAGCUUCACACCUCCUACAGCAAUCUCGGGAAAGACCUAAAGAACGUGUUCGAAGGCAUGGUGACACAUCUCACUGAACAGAAAAACGAAAUCAAUCGGCUAAGAUUAGAACUCCAAAAUGCGAACCGUCAAAAUAUCGAUGCAACCCGCAAAGCUUCUUCCCAUCUGGCUCAAACCUUGGAAGAAGAAAAUGCCACUGCAGAGGCAGAACGUGAUAUCUUAAUGUCGCAAAUCAAGGCUUUGAUGGAUGAAUCUCGGCAUAAGCAGCUUAAUCGCUUAAAGGCCAAGAUUGACAAUCUGCGGACCGAUCUCUCAUCCUCGGGCGAUAUGUUAGAACAUGUUACAGCCCAGCAUGAUCGCCAAGUUGAUGAGUGGGUGUUCAAAUCGGAACAGUUUGCAAAGGAUGUCAAUGCAUCUAAGGAUGAAAUCAAGAUCAAGAUGCAACACGACUGGGAGGCCUUUGACCAGCGCAAUUCUUCGAUACAAAAGACGACAGAGUCCGUUCACAAGGAGACAGUCCGAAUUGUUGACGCUCAAAUGAAUGAUAUGGGAAAGCAAAUGGAAGCAUUGGACGAUUUUGUUGCGAAAGCGCGAUCUCAAAAUUAUCACUACCGUGACGCCCAUCUAGCAACCUUGGAUAGUAUAGCAACUGAUAUCCAUCAGUCAUACUCGACAAUUCAGGAACAAAAUGAAGCACUGGGUAGCCGUAUCCACCAACUACAGGGGCAAACAACCCAGGAUCACACAGCUCUAAAAGAGUCAGCAGAUCCGCUACUUAGUGAAGUCCGCAAGCCUCUCGCAGAUUUGUCUGCUGAUAUCCAGAAUCGAUCGCUGGAAGAAUACGUUGCCACCGGUGUUACUCCCCAGAAACGGAAAUAUCAGUACCCAUCUACCUUGCCUCGCACUGAGGCCCACGACACCCUAAAGUCUAGACUCAGGGUGUCUAAGGAAAUGCAAGUACUUCCAUUCAAUGAGGAGGACCAGCCUUCUACGGCUAGCUCCCCAGCAAAGUGCUUUGUCUAUAACGAUGCAAACGAGGAGGUAGGAACUCAAGCAUCUCCCAUCACCACCGUCACGCCUUCCAACAUAGGACUUAGGGAAAUCGAUGCAAACGUCGUCGCAAGACCGCUCGCGUUUAGCACUGAGGACGAAAAACCAGCAGUUCAAUCGACCCCAUCAAUUUCGAACCCGGAUAACUUAUCUGAAGUUGACGAUGUGGAGCCGCCACCAUCAAAGAGACGUCGGUCCAACUCGGCUAUGGUUGAGAGCAAGCUGCCCCAAAAGCUGGUUGCCAAAAAGAUGGCUGGAAUGAUGGAAGGCAGAGAGAAUGUUCCGCCCCAAGGAGGUUCUGGUGGUCGAAGACUAAGAGGCCGGCCUUCAACUGGUCUAUAA